AUGUUUCCACAUCAAUCCAAAAUCAACUCAACCACGUAUGGAAGAACUACUACCGGAACGAAUUACUCCAAGCAGAGCCUUUACAAUAACCGAGUAGAUUUGUAUGGCCCGAUGUUUUUAAAAACCUGGUGUCUGGAAGUGCCUAUACAUCGCAGUGUUCAUUUAUUUCAAGACAGUGGCAGUUCACCUGGAGCUGGUCAGCGACCUAUCGACAACAGCAAACAAAGAAAAUUUCAAACGUUAUUUAAUAUCGUUUUACACAUGACUGCGCCGGAUGCACUAGUGCACAUUUUUACGUUCCAUAUGAAAUAUUGGGGCAUAUUUAGUGCAAAUUUUUAUAUUUCACAUACACGUACUCUAUCAGUUUCUAGUAGAUAA